CGAUCACGAAGAAUUUUUUCAAUUUACACGAAUGUCUGUACAACAAUUUAAUUAUUUACAUCAUCUUUUGGAGUCAAAAUUACGAAAGAGGAGUCGCAGAGAACCUUUACCAUCAGAAAUUCGUCUUGCUGUUACAUUAAGUUUCGUUGCUCAUGGUGAUAGUAUUGCUACUACUUCACGACUUUUUCGUAUUGGGAAAUCAACCCUAUACAGUAUUAUUCCUGAAGUGUGUAAAGCUAUAUGGGAAACUUUACAACCGAUAUAUCUCCGAUGUCCACAGCAAGAAGAUGAAUGGCUGAAAAUUGCAGAUGAAUUUAAUAACAUCUGGAAUUUUCCAAACUGCAUAGGCGCAAUUGAUGGCAAACAUUGUCGUAUUCAAGCUCCGGCUAAUUCUGGUAGCGAAUUUUAUAAUUAUAAAAGCUACUUCAACUUUGUAUUAAUGGCCAUUGCUGAUGCACGCUAUCGUUUUAUUUGGGUAGAUAUUGGAAAUUAUGGUUCUCUCAAUGAUGCGGGAAUUUGGUCCCAUACCACUAUGUGUCAAGCUUUGGAGAAUAAUACAGUAUCUGUUCCACAAGCUCGCUGUUUAGAUAAUACUAAUAUUACAAUACCAUUUUCUCUUAUUGGCGAUGAAGGUUUUCCACUUAAAAGUUACUUGAUGCGACCAUUUGCUAAAAAAAAUUUGCUGGAUAAAAAAGGUCCUAAUGGUGAAGUAAUAGCAGGAAAUUGGAGAAAUUCAGUAAGAGAAAAUAGUUUUGUUGCUUCUUUGGGACGAGUUGGAGCAAACAUAGGUGCAUCUGCUGCUAUAAAACAGCGUGAAAUUUUAUCUCGUUAUUUUGUUUCGGACGAAGGAAGCAUACCUUGGCAAUGGCAAUGUAUUUAA